AUGUGGAAUUUUUUUAAUUUUAACAAUUUUGAUGAUAGAAUAAAAAAUUAUAAAAAUGAAAAAGAAAUUUACACUCAUGAAGAUUUAAGAUACUACUUUGAAAAAUUAGUAAAAAUAAAUCUAAGUAAUGUUAAUGUAAAUAAUUUCAUUGAACUCUUAAGGAAAAUUACACAAAUAACAAUAUGGGGAGAUAAACAUGAUGAUCAAAUUUUUCAAUAUUUUUGUGAAGAUAAUAUUUUUAAUCACUUUAUUUAUUUACUUAAACAGAAGAUAAAUAAAAAUAUUAGAAUUCAAAUAUAUCAAUCACUAACCUUAUUAAUACAAAACUUACAGAAAGAUAUUUCAUUAUAUUAUAUAUUUAGUAACAAUAAGAUAAAUAAUUUAAUUUAUACAACUUUUAUUUAUCAAGAUGAUGAAAUAAUACCAUAUUAUAUUUCUAUGAUUAAAUCUAUCUCAUUUUUUUUAAAUUAUCAUACAUCAAAGUUCUUUUUUAAUGAAAAGAGUAUGAAAUUUCCUUUAUACACGGAAUCAUUAAGGCUAUAUAAGUUUAAUGAUAUAAUUACAAGAACAUACAUCAAAAAUAUUAUCCUGAAUAUUUUAAAAAUCGAAGAUGAAGGUAUAGAAAAUUUGAUUUUAUUGCGAUCGUCUUUUUUUACUAUUUUGGUGUGCUACUUAAGAAAUAAUAUGAUAAAAAUGAAUAAAGUAUAUACAAAAAUAAAAGAAUCGAAAAAACUAAAAAAUCUUUUUAAUAACUAUUUAGAUGAAAUUGAUGAUGUUUUAUAUUUUUUCGAAGAUAUGUUUAACUGUAAAAAAAAAAGAAUUAAUGAUAUGCUAAUAGUCAAACUUUUAAUUUAUUUUUAUUUCCCAAUUAUUUCAUCUUUUAAUAAUUCAAUAUAUUUCGAUGGAGUAAAUUCUGAAUGUAAUAACAGUUUUUAUACUUCUGGACAAACAGAAGAAAAUUUAUUUAACAAAACUAAUUCCAUUUCAACUAAUGACAAUUUGAAUUAUAGUAGUAUUGAUUAUGUAUAUUUCUCUAAUCAGAAAAAUAUUAAUGGUCAAAAAGAAAAAAAAGAAAUAAGUAGCAAAGAUAGUAAUGAUGAAAAAAACGAACAUGAAGAAAUAAAUAGUAAAGAUGAAAAAGAAGAAGAAAAAGUAAUAAGUGAUAAGGAUGAAAGAAACGAAAAUAAAGAAAAAGACAAAAAUAAGACUAAUAAUAAUGGUGAACUUAGUAAAAAUGUAGAAAAUGAGGAAGACGAAAAAAAAAAAAUAAAACUUAAAAAUAACGAAAAUGAAAAAAGCAAUGAUGAAGAACAGAAAGAUAGAAACGAUAAAAAGGAAUAUGCUUUUGAUCUUUCUUCAGAUAAAUUAAGGAAUAUACAUUGGGAUAGUGUUCCUUUUUUAACAUUAGUAAAUGAUAACUUUAAAAGUUGUAAGAAUUUUGAUUUUUGUAAAAGUUUACCUUCGUCAAAUGAAUCUUCUAUAAACUCCAGCUUGAGCUAUACUGAAAAUAAGAAAGCAGAAAAAAAUUAUUAUAAUACAAAAAAGGAAAAAAUAAGUGAUAACAAUUACGAAUUUCUUUAUUUUAAAGGAAGAUCUAAUGAAAAAAAAGAAAACAAUUUAGAAAAAAAUAAUAUUGAAGAAACUAAAAAUUCCAGUAAUAGUGAAAAUAUAAAUUUAAAGAAAAAAAUGGAAAAGAAUAAUAAAGAUAUGAAUUUUAUAAAAGAAAAUGAAUUAGAAGAUUAUUAUUUUAAAAAAAGAACAAGAAAAAUAUUUAUUCAAUUAAAUUCAAGAAAUGGAAUAUUACAUAAAAAAAAAAAAAAAAAAAACCAGAACACUAAUAAUUGUUCCUUUUUUAAACAUGAUGAAGAUAUGUUUGAAAUAAAAAAAUUAACAAAUAACAGUAACAUUAUAAAUGAAAUGAAGAAAAAUAAUCUUUAUGAUAUAUGCCAUGUGGAAAUUCCUACUUUGCAGAAAAAAAUUACUUUUGAUGAAAAUGUAAAUAAUGAUAUUUUUAAUUAUUUAUUUAAUUUUAAUUGUUUUACAUUAAAUAUGCUAAAUUUUUACAAUGGGAAAUUAAGUAUAACUAAUAUAUUCUAUAACAUUUUUAAAGUAGGUUUAUAUUUUCAUCCGUUAUGUUAUGUUAACUCAUUUAAAAAUUUUUCUUUAUUGUAUAAUUAUAUCAUGAAUAUAUCUUUAUCUUUAUUUAUUCUCAUUCGAUCUCUAAACAUUUUAAAAAAUGAUAAAAUAAACAAAAUUAUAUACUCACUAAUAUUUGAUGAGCAUAUUAAUGCUUAUUUUUUACAUAGAAUACUAUCUAAUGAAUUAGAUGAACCAUAUUUUUAUAAUUACUUUUUUGAUACACACAAAAAAACUAAUGUUAACAAAACCAUUAGCGAUGAUAUUGAAUUCGAGUAUAUUUAUUCCUCAUCAAUUGAUUACUUAUUACCUGAAUAUAACAAAGAAGAAGAAAAUGCAUAUUUGAAUCUUAUUAACAAUUAUUAUAACCAGACAAGUGAAAAAAAUACAAAAUAUAAAAAUAAGGAAAAAGUAGAGAGUAAAAAAGAAAAUGAAAAUGAUAGAUACGAAAAGGAGGAAGAAUCAUAUGAAAAAAAUGAAGAAAAAUUAAAAAUAAAAGAAAUAAAAGAAGAAGAAAAUUUAAAAUUAAAUGAAAUAUCCAUAAGAAGAGAAAUAAAAGAAAUGAAUAAUAAUAUUUUAAGAAGUGAAAGUGAUAUUGAUAGUGAUAAUAAAAUAAUGAAAUAUAACGAACUAAGUAAUCCAAUAUUUUUAAAUUUCUUAUUACUUACAAAUAUACAAAAAGAAAAAAAUAUAAAAAAAUGUGAAAAGGAAAAUAUUAAAAAUAAAAUUUCAGAUAUUUAUUUAUUAUUAAGUAUUCAAUUUAUUUAUAAUUUUAUUAAAAAUACAAAUGAUGAUUUAAAUAGCAUCAGUAUAAAUUUUUUUAAAAUAUCUAAUUAUAAUUUUAUAUAUGUUUUUUGGGAUAUUAUAAAUAUUCAUAUAAAUAAUUUAAAUUUAAGAAUUAUUACUUUAAAGUUAUUAAUUAAUUUGACCUUAUUAUAUGUUCAAAAGAUUUCUGAUAAAAAUGUAUGCAUAAAUUUUUGUAUUCCUCUUUUAAAUUUAAUAAAAAAGAUUAAGAAAAAGUUAGCAAAUAAAAUUAAAAAUAUAAUUAACAAAAUGGACUAUAAAGUGUGCCAAAUUUUUUGGGAGGAAUACAAAAUUUAUGAAAAUUGCUAUCAAGAAAAAAUUAAUUUAUUUUGUGAUUCUAUAUUAAUUAAUAUUGUUAAUGAAAUAGAUGAAUCAGGUGAAAAUAAUUUUUUGUGUUGCCCUGUUUCCCAAAUAGAAAUAUACCGACGAAAUGUUCAUGCUUUAUUUGUUUUAAAUGGAGUGUCAAAUAAAUUGCAAAAAAUAAUCUCAAAUACUAAAAAUGAGCCAUUAAAUCUAAUACCAUUUGAUUUUAACAAUUAUAAUAUAAAAGCCUUAAUAGAUAUAAAAAAUAAGAAUACAAUUAAAUGCUACUUAAAAAAUAAUAAUAAAAUUUUUAACUGUUAUUAUAUUGAGGAUAAAAAUAAUUUUUUGUUAUGCAUACCCUCAAAUACUCAUGUGAACCAAGCGUUAAUUAUUUUUAGUCACCCCUUAAUGUUAAUUGAUUUAUAUAUAGACAAAAAUGAUAAUAAAAAAUUAAUUGCUCAUGUGUAUAGUUAUAAUAACGAAGAAAAUAAUACAAGUGAUUCUAGUUUUAUGAAUUUUAAUAAUUCAGAAAAAGUUUUUAACAGUAAUUCUAACGAUAAUAAUUAUAAUAGCACUGUGAGAUAUUACAGUUCAAAUAAUGAUGAUAACAUAUCGGAUGAUCAUAUAAAAAUUCAUAAAAAUGAUUAUGUUUUAAAUACAUAUAGUUCUACUUAUAAAAAAAAUAAAACAAUAACUAGUAUGAAAAAAGAAUGGUGCUAUAAAGAAUUAAAUUUUAUGAAAAAUAUUUUAAAACUAAAUUUUUAUGAUACUACUAGAUCACUUAUUGUAUACAAAGAAUUAAAAUCAGGUAUACAAAACAUUAAUGACAAAAAUAAAAAAAAGUUAGAAGAAUAUCUUAGUUCAUUUUAA